ACAUGACCAAAAUGGUAUAGAAUCCGUUGAAUGCGAAACCCAGCGAAAUCGAUCAAAUUAUUUCGAUUCUUGUGCAUUUUGUAAGCACAUUAACAAUUUUCGUGGGUGUUGCCUAUACCGGAAAUUUCUUGAACUUGAGGUUUAUUGGUAUUAUGGAACAGUCUGAUGAGGAAAGUAUUGACAAUGGCCACACGUUUUUACGUAAUAUAGAGUGACGAAUAAAAUUCAUAUCAAUCAAGAUAUGUCUUCAGUUAUUCGUUAUUUUUAUUGUUUCCAAGCCCAUCGUCACAUAUACGAGAAUUUUAACCACUAAAAUUACAACUUAUCAUUACUUACAUGCUGCUUGAACUUGGCUGCGUGCAUACAUGCUACAACACAUGUGCUACAGUGGCUUCAAACGUUCUAAAAUGUCACUUCCAAAUCGCCCGUAAACCUAUAGAAAACAAAAUUUGCCUUUACGGAAAUAUUAUUUGUUAAUGUACUUUCAACGUCAGAGAAAUGUUGCACGAGGUAUUACUUUCUCUGUGGGGAUGUACGACAAGUGUCGUGCAAAUUGUAGAUACUGAUUUUUUAGAUGUGGAUAAAUUCCUACACCCUGGAGAAAAGACUCUUAUUAGGAAGAUUUUAAAUAUAUCAGAAGAAUGCAAUGCUAUCAGAAAUUUCAUAAAUGCCCAUAGGUCUGUUAUUGGAGCUUCCACAGAUUCGACUGCAGGAAAUUUGAAAUGGGGACUUUAUCUUCAGGCGUUAUGCGACGGUAUGGAGCAGGCAUUACAGCCAUUUCGUGAGGAUGUCAUCGACCUGGAAAGAGUUGUACUAAAUGAUGCACACACACCGCUGUCAUAUAUAUUAUCCCGAAUACAAAAAUAUGUCUGCUUAUUUUCAGUUCUGAAUUCCAUCAUCAGUGAGAUUGAAACUCAAAAAGUGCAUGGGUGUAAUUUGUUGCAAUACUUGCAUCAAUACAUGCACACUGGGAUACCUGAGGUGCGGAAAGCAUUAGAAAAGAUGAUGUACUGUUGUCAUGUUGUAUUUUACAAGCAAUUAUCUAGCUGGCUUCUGUAUGGAGUCCUGGAAGAUGUUCAUAAUGAAUUUUUCAUUCAAAAGGCCCCAGAAUUGCAAGACAGUUUGGUUUUAGCUAAAACUAAAGACAGCUCUGGCAAAACAGACGAGAGAUCAUCAAGGAAGUUCUGCAGUGAUAUGUGGGAUUAUGAAAUAAAUAUAAAUAUUUUGCCAUCAUACAUACGACCAUCGUUAGCAUUAAAAAUCUUAACAAUUGGCCAAACUAUCAUUAUGUUUGGAAAUGAUCCAAGGCAGAAAAAAGACCUUAACAUAUUUACAAAAGCUGAGAACUCCAUAUGGGGAGAAAAAGAAUAUGAACACUUUCACAAAAUACAGAAUUUAAAGAAUAAACCAAUUUUCAACAUUAUUGAAUUUGAAAGAACUGUCGAUGAUCUCAAACAGUGUGUGACUGAACAUUUGUGGAGAGUCGCAGUAGAAGAAGCACAGCUUAUGCAUCAAAUAAAAUUAAUCAAAGAUUUUUAUUUACUGGGUCGUGGUGAAUUGUUUUUGGAAUUUAUCAGACUGGCUAGCCAUAUUUUGAAUAAGAAGCCUACUAGCCAUACAACUAGAGAUAUAAACUUGGCAUUCCAAAUGGCUGCACGAAAAAUGCAGUUACAUGAUGAAAGUACAACAGAGAGUUUCGACUUCAUUGUUCCUGUCCCAGAGGUGGAAAAUGAAGGUGGCGAAGAUCCUGUGGAAGAUGGCGAAUUUUCCAAAAAAGAACGCGAAGACCCCAUUGAUACAAGAGGAUGGGGUCUGAUUCAGCUUCAGUACAAAGUUGUUUGGCCACUGCAUUUAUUAUUCAGUCCAGUUGCUCUAAGCGAUUACAAUGUAUUAUUCAGAUUUUUACUGCGGGUCAAAAAAACUCAAAUUAAUUUACAAAAUCUUUGGAGCGAACACAUGCGUACUAAAAAUAUUGAUAUUGGAGUUAUGCAGCUGCGAAAUAAUUUAAUGUUUGUCAUCAAUAAUUUACAAUAUUACUUACAAGUCGAUGUACUUGAAAGUCAGUACACAAUUUUGGAAAACACUAUGAGAAAUACUCGCAAUUUUGAAGAAAUUCAAAGAGGGCAUUCAGUUUUUUUAGCAAACAUAAUGUUACAAACAUUUUUGAUACAUGGGUCUACUGAUAAAGUCAACCCAGUGAACAAAUUGAUCAAAAUAUUAUUGAGGCUGUGCGAUGACUUUAUACUGCAAGCUCCCAUGUGGGAACUGGGAAAUUUAUUGGUCACUGAGAAGGAAGAGCUUAAAGCGUUAGCGGACACAUUGAAUAGUCUCAUGGAUUGGUUAACAAAAACUUUGAAUAAGGUUCGUGCACAACCUGCAGGAGCACAUUUGGCACAAUUGCUCCUACGCCUCAAUUUCAAUAGGUGGUUUAGCGGCAAAGUCUAGAUUUUCGUAAGGAAUUCACACACUAAAGUGGAAAUUCUCUGAAUCAAAAACACUCCUUUGCCAUACAUAGAUCCGAAAUAAAAAUUUUCAUUUCUGUGUGUCAGCAUAUGUAGCUCGCCAAAACACGCACGUGUACAAAUAAGUAAGACCUUGUAUAUUUGCCUACAAAACCUAUAGGUUCUAAGUGAUCACAGUUCUAUCAGUUUAUUGCACCAAGUACCUGUGACCUAUUACGCAACGUACUCUGAUGUUAAAACCAUUUUAUUUAUUCAUUUUUUAUUGAGCAAGGGCGAAAAGAUCUGCCGUAUCAGUAUCCUUCGGGGUCUAAUAUAGAAACAAAUGUAUUAUAAUUUAAUAAAAACGUUACAUAUUU